AUACUGUAGGGUGUGGUUACUUGGACUUGCAUUACUGCCCUUUCAUGCUUACUAUAGAAAGCCUUGCAUUUAAAGCUUUGGUCUGUUAUGACUUGCAGUUUCAACGCACCCCCAACGCAGAAAUAAGCAAAGCAAAUAUAGAAGUACCAGCACUAAGAGGAAGUUGGCUAUACACACAUUUCACUACGGCAGUGUAAGAUAUACAUUCAAGUGACCAAGACUUACCCACAUGGCCUAUGCAGUUACCUUUCCAGAGCAGGAAGGCCCAGAUUAUAAUUAUUCAGACUACACUUAUGAAAACAACGACACAGCCUGUGAAGAUGAGGGGACCGGCCUGCAGACCUUCAACGCCGUGUUCCGACCCUUGCUCUACAGCUUGAUCUUUCUGCUGGGGGUGGCGGGGAAUGGCCUGAUGAUAACUGUCCUCCUGAAACGUCGGCGCCUCCUGCGCAUCACUGAAAUCUACCUGCUCCACCUCGCCCUGGCUGACCUCAUGCUCCUCUUCACGUUUCCAUUCGACAUAGUCGACAGUGCCACUGGCUGGCUGAUGGGCGAGUUUCUCUGCAGGCUGAUGGGCCUGAUGAAAAAUCUUAACUUCCGCUGUGGUAGUUUCCUCCUAGCUUGCAUUGGGUUCGAUCGGUAUUUGGCCAUUGUUCAUGCUAUUCCAAGCAUGCAAAGUCGACGUCCCAGAACAGUGCAUCUAACAUGCAUUACAUUAUGGCUGGUCUGUUUGGGUUUAUCAGUACCCAAUGCUGUGUUUCUUUCAGUGAAGGAAGAAGCCACUAAUGCAUCUAGGCUCUCCUGUUCCAAUCAUCUUUAUGGAAUCUAUGCAAACAACUGGGUUUUGACCAAUCGAGUCUUUGACCAUUUGUGUUUUUUCCUUCCUCUGGCUGUUAUGUGCUAUUGUUACGCAGCUGUGGUACUGACUUUGUGCAACAGUCAGAAAAGCCAAUCAAAGCAAGGAGCAAUUCGACUGGCUUUACUCGUCACUCUUGUCUUUUUCUUCUGUUGGCUGCCCUAUAAUAUCACCUUAAUAAUAGAAACUAUGGUAGACCUGCGCGUUAUCGUAUAUAAAACCUGUAGCUUGUAUGUCCUACUGCGACCUGCCCUUGAUGUGACCAAAAGCCUGGGGCUCUCACACUGUUGCCUGAACCCGUUCCUGUAUGCCUUCGUUGGGGUGCGGUUUCGCAAUGAGCUAAUAAAGUUACUUUGUAAAUUGGGAUGCAGCCGUGUUUGCCUACCUUUCAUCAGAGCUCAGAGUCACAGUCAAGCAUCCAUAUCUGAUGGAGUAACCACCACCAGCACCGUCUACAUCUAAUAAACUUGUAUUCAAAUGUCAGGUGUAACUAAAAAGCCUGUGUACAACUGUAUUUCAUUUGUAAUAAUGAAAAAAAUUGAUAUUAUCUGAUAGUACCAAUUGCUACUUUAAUUGCAUUUAAAAGAUAUUUUAUUUACC